AUGGAGGGCGAGGAAUCAGCCUCAGCAUACCCAGAAGCCUACAAGAUCCACUACGAGAAGUCUUGGCUGCACAGACACUGCUCCUCCCUGCUGCAGAGGGACAGGCAGGCCCAGAAAGCCGGGCAGCUCUUCUCAGGGCUGCUGGCCAUGAAUGUGGUGUUCCUGGGCAGCGCCUUCCUGAGCAGCAUGAUUUUCAACAGGGUGACCAUUACCCUGGGAGACGUCACGAUCUUCCUCUGCAUCCUCAAAGCCCUCUCUAUGUGCUGGGUAAUGUACUAUCUGCUGGGCACCACCAGAAAGCCCCAUGCGGUGCUGUACAGGGACAUCCACGCCGGGCCAGUCUGGGUGCAGGUGUCUCUAGUGAUGUUCGGCGCUUUCAGCCUUCUCCUGAACGUGUUUCACAUCGGUUACAUCAUCAGCCACAUACAGUGCAAAUCCUACCUCGAGAUCCUGUUCCCAUGCAUAGACAUCCUCUUCCUCACCCUCCAGACUUACCUGUUAUGGCACCACUCCAAGGACUGUAUCCAAGUCCAGCACAACCUCACCAGGUGUGGGCUGAUGCUGACCGUCGCCACGAAUCUCCUCCUCUGGCUCUUAGCAGUGACCAAUGACUCCAUCCACAAGGAGGUUGACUCACGAACUCAAAACCGGCAGCAGAGAUUUGCAGGCAAUGAGACUAUUUUAUGUGUUUGCCCAAACACAACAGCCUGCGAGAUCUUCCGGAGAGGCUACAUCCUUCUGUAUCCCUUCAACACCGAGUACUGCCUCAUCUGUUGCACCAUGCUGUACGUCAUGUGGAAAAACGUUGGCAGGCGCAUAAGCCAUCAACACACUCCCCACGUCGAGCCCAAGUUCAAGCUCCGAGGGGUCAUUUUUGGGCCACUGCUGGGCACAGCUGCAGUCAUCAUCGGGAUCUGCGUCUUCGUAAUAUAUCAGGUCCAAGCUACCGGCUCUGCAGCUAACCGGGGGGUCUUCCUGAUGUAUUACUCCUACUAUGUAGUGCUUCUGCCUAUGAUGACUGUGGGUGCCUUAGUUGGGACCAUCAUCCACAGUUUGGAAGCCAGGGAGCUGGACACGCUGAAAAACCCAACCCGAAGCCUUGAUGUGAUCCUGCUCAUGGGAGCAGCCCUGGGUCAGAUUGGGAUGUCUUACUUCUCCAUCGUAGCCAUUGUGGCCACCAACCCUUGGGACCUACUGAACAGCCUCAUCCUGGCCUACUCCGUCAUUCUCAUCAUUCAGCACAUCACCCAGAACAUCUUCAUUAUCGAGGGGAUUCACCGGCAGCCAUGGGCGCCCACACCAUCUACUGCCAACAAAGAAGCCGAAGCAAAAGAACAGGAGAGUCAUGGAGAUUGUGACCCCAAAAAAGAUUAUCCCCUAGAGAUAAGGCAGGAGAUCAGGAGGCUGUCACAGGCCUACCUCCAGACCUACAACGACUUGAACUGGAAGAGGAAAGCGCUGAAAGAGAUCUCCUUCUUCUUGAUCUUAUGCAACAUUAUACUCUGGAUCAUGCCCACGUUCGGGGCACACCCUGUGUUUGAGAACGGAUUGGAAAAGUCAUUUUAUGGUUACUCCACCUGGUUUGCCAUCGUGAACUUUGGGCUACCCCUGGGUGUGUUCUACCGAAUGCAUUCAGUUGGGGGACUCCUCGAGGUCUACGUGUCAGCCUGAACUGGACCCAGUCCUCCCUUGUCCAGUGGUGGAAGAGGCCUGUAGCCACAACCAAAGGAGCCCGGGGGAACAGAGCUACAGAAGGCUUCCAGCUCUUUUUUAUUUUCAGCUUCUACUUUAGCUCCUCUGAGCACUGUUUUGUUAGGAGUUGCAGAGACAAGGGAGCCAUAUCUUGUGGCUUUCAAACAUGCCAGUACCAGAUUUCUCCACAAGAGAACAAAAUUUAAGCCACUCUCUCGCUAUUCCUGGGACACUAGCUAGCACCAGCAUAAUAGGAAUGAGAUUGAGACCAUAUAGUGGAUGCUGUAGGUAAUGGGACUUGAAUCAUUUCAUCUGACCCCUUUGAAGGAGAGAAUAUAAGAGCAUCAAGAUGAGCAGAUAGAGGGACAGGCCUGUGCUCCACAGCAUCUCUGGAACCAGCUCUACCCGUUGAUGCUCACCCACAUGCCAGCUCUCUUGUCGUGAGACGUACUAGCUUUCUCAGGAAGAGGACAUAGUAGUACCUGAAACACAUGCCCCAGAAUCAAGCACUAAUGAACAAAAAAUGCUCACUUUCCACAUGGGUCUGUGAAAGGAUAACUGUUAUAGUAGCAUUCAGGGAGUAUGGUGCAGUGGUUAGCGCUCUGCAGUCUGUUCCUGGUUCUGACAUUCAGCAUGUGACCUUAGGCAAGUUAGUCAGGCCCUUCACAUCUCAGUGCCUGCAUUUUUCCAUGUGAAUAAUACCAAAUAACCCAUCUAUCUGGCUUAAUUAAGUGUUCUUACAGGCACAAGGAGAUACUCAGGUAAAAGCACUGGGGAGGUACAAUAAUUACUAUGCUACUUUGGUCGUUUGAACUUGAUUGUUCUCACGCAUGGCUUUUGAGUGCAUUUCUUGUUUUGGAAUUAGUCUACCCUUCGGUGGAAGUGAAGCGCACACCAUGCAUGCCAUUUCAAUAGCCCUAAAAUAAGCUAAUGCUAGACCUACUGUGAACCCCACUCUCCGUUCCCUUGCUCCUUUGCACAGUACAUUGUAGCAUUCAUUAAGCUGAGAGCAAAAGCAAAUAAGGAGUUAAAAUAUGCAGUGCAGGAUCUGAUCGGAGACCCAGGAGAUUUUGAUCAAAACAAGAAGGGCACGUGGGAAUGACACGAAAAAGUGGCAGGACCGUGUGAGAGGAAGGGUCCCACUAAGACUGGUGAAGAGAAAAAAAUUAAGCUGAACAUUCAGGUCUGUCAGUGCAAUUGUUAUUUUACUUUCUGCUCACAGAGCCCUGUGCAAAGCCCACAGAAGUUAAUGAAAAGCCUUAUUUCAGCAGACAGUGAAUCCAGCCUUUACUGAGCCCAAAAAUCAUAUAAAAAUUGAAGGGCAGGUCCUGAUUUUACAAUCAGUCCAUCUUCUGCUAUCAAAAUUUGUUGUGAGACUUAACCAAGGUUGAUAAAGUGCAAAUAGCUCUAAUGUUUGUUGCUUCCACAGGAUAUAAAUCACUUGAAAGGGCUGCUGGGUUAUGAUCAGAGCUUCGUUCUCUCACGUAGCUGCACCCUUGUGUGAAAGCAAAACGCCCUACAAGCGGAAGAUUAGAGUGCAGAUAGCUAUAGCCUGCGGGCCACUUCUCCAAAACCCUCACACAGAUGUCUGAAAGGGGUACAGUGACAGCCAUCCCCCCCCCCCCCCCUCCAAUUUUCAUCAGAAAUUAAAAGCAAGCAAGACCAAGUGA